AGCGGUGAAGUGAAGUUUCAGAGGAAACCGCAAACAGGUCCCAACAUUUCUGGAGGCUGAACCGAAACGGCAGAAGCAGGAAGUCCCCGCCAGUCCGUCAUUUACGCAGCGCAGCGGCGCCUUCACGCGCAGUGGAGGAGGAGUAGCCGCUCCCGGGAACAUGGCGAGGAGCGCAAACGGAAGCGGCCUGAAGCAGCUCAAUCACAGCGGGAUGAAAUGGGACGAUUCCGGGAAAAACGGAUAUCACAGAAUAACCACAGAGAAGCUCGGCGCCGGCAUCAGCACGGCCUCCAGGCAGAACAAACAGGAGUCUUUUGAACAGGCGCCCAUGUAUGUGGCUGUCUGCACCUACAUGGGCUUUGGCAUCGUCACCCUGUUCGGGUACUUCAGAGACUUCCUCAGAGCCGUGGGCUUGGAGAAAUGCAACCUUGCCCAGGAAAGAGAGGAGCAGAAGGAUUUUGUUCCUCUUUAUCAGGACUUUGAAAACUUUUACACCCGAAAUUUGUACAUGAGAGUACGGGACAACUGGAACCGGCCCAUAUGCAGCCUGCCCGGGCCCGUCUUUGACCUGAUGGAGAGAGUGUCCGACGACUACAACUGGACCUUCAGGUUUACUGGAAGGACGAUACCCAACGUCAUCAACAUGGGCUCCUACAACUACCUUGGUUUUGCUGAGAACAACGCUGAUUUCCUCAAAACGGUAGCAGACAAAGUGCAGCAGUACGGAGCUGGUGUCUGCAGUACAAGACAGGAAAUUGGUAAUCUGAGCAUCCAUGAGGAGCUGGAGCAGCUAGUGGCCAAUUUUCUGGGAGUGGAGUCCGCCAUGACUUAUGGGAUGGGUUUUGCUACCAAUUCAAUGAACAUCCCGGCACUUGUUGGCAAGGGUUGUUUGAUACUAAGCGACGAGCUGAAUCACACGUCUCUUAUUCUGGGGGCCAGACUGUCUGGAGCAACUAUCAGAGUGUUCAAACACAACAACAUGCACAGCUUGGAAAAGAUGCUAAAAGAGGCCAUAUGCUGUGGGCAGCCCCGGACCCACAGAGCCUGGAGAAAGAUCCUCAUCAUGGUGGAAGGCAUCUAUAGCAUGGAAGGCUCCGUGGUGCGGCUGCCUGAAGUCAUUGCCCUGAAGAAGAAGUAUAAGGCGCACCUGUACCUGGACGAGGCCCACAGCAUUGGAGCUGUGGGGGCAACGGGGAGGGGAGUGACUGAGCUGUUUCAUGUGAACCCGGCUGAUGUGGACGUGAUGAUGGGGACUUUCACAAAGAGCUUCGGGGCUUCUGGAGGCUACAUCGCAGGGAAAAAGGAGCUGGUGGAUUACCUGCGCAGUCACUCCCACAGCGCCGUUUACGCUUCGGCCAUGUCGCCUCCGGUCACAGAGCAGAUCAUACGGGCCAUCAAGUGCAUCAUGGGAAAAGAUGGAACAACGGAGGGCAUUCGACGGAUCCGCCAACUGGCAGAGAAUACCAGAUACUUCCGAGCCAGGCUGAAGGAGAUGGGCUUCAUCAUUUACGGCAAUGAUGACUCACCUGUUAUUCCUGUCCUGCUCUACAUGCCGGGCAAAGUGGUCGCUUUUGCCAGAGAAAUGCUGCAGAGGAAAAUCGGUGUGGUGGUGGUCGGCUUCCCAGCCACGCCAAUAACAGAAGCCCGGGCUCGCUUCUGUUUGUCUGCAGCGCACACCAGAGCCAUGCUCAACCAGGUGCUGCAGCAUCUGAAUGAAGUGGGAGACCUUCUGUGUCUCAAGUUCUCCCGACGGAAACGUCCAUCUUCGCUUGACCUCUGUGAAGAGACAGACUUCGGGCUGGACAGCUGAUGCACCUUUCUAGCAGUUUAACAUUUCAGUGUCAAAAUCAUUGACUGUAUCUGGGAACUGGACUGAGGGGCGUUCCAAACAGGAAGUACCUGCUGGCUCCAAGAAGCCAAAAUCCCACAGACUUCUAUAGAGAAAUAAACAGCUG